AUGAAGUCCUGUGUGUUCAUCUUGCUUGUGGCCCUACUGUGUGCAGAGACUGCUCAGGGGCUGCGCUGCUAUGAUUGCCUGGUGGUCACACCUACGACUUCUUGCAAAUCAACUACUUGCCCCUACCUUGAUGGAGUCUGUGUCACUCACGAUGUGGAGUCCACUGUGGGCUCUCAAAAAAUGAAAACAAGAAGCAAGUACUGCCUUCCCACCUGCCCUAAGAGUUCGAAUUCUCUUGAAAAUAUCCAGAACAUGGGUGGUGCCUUCAGCAACAAGAUUUCCUGUUGCAAGGAAGACCUCUGCAACGCAGCAGUUCCCACAGGAGGUAGCACCUGGACCCUGGCAGGGGUGGUUCUGUGCAGCCUGGCCUCAGUCCUCCUGCAGGCCUUGCUGUGAUGGCACUUCCUGCUACUCCUGCCCUCAUCCUUGUAUCCCAAUGUGUAAGCACUCCUCCCUUGAGCCCUCUAGUGAUGCACUGUGGGUU